AUGGCUCUUCAAUUCAGAGGCACACCGGCGGGAAAGCAAAUUGCAAACGGUGUCAAGCUCCGCAUCCUACCUGUGGGAGACUCCAUCACUGUCGGCUUUCUCAGUGACGUCGGCGGAGACGGCGAUGGUUACAGACGCCAGCUCCGAAAUGACUUGUUCAGGAACCGGGUUGUUUUUGCCGGGACCGAGUCGUCUGGCACAAUGGAUGACGGAUACUAUGCAGCAUGGAGCGGCAAGACCAUCCAGUACAUGGCGGAUCACAUCAAUCCCUCUCUUGAGCAGCGGCCAAACGUCGUCUUGAUCGGUGCCGGCACCAACGAUAUGAACUCGAACCCCUCCAUCUCCACCGAAGGCAUCGAUCCCGUCGAGGCCGCCUCCCGGCUCGGCAAGCUCAUCGACAAGAUCACUGACAAGUGCCCCGACGCCGUGGUGCUUGUAGCCAUGAUCAUAGACACCUGCGAUCCGUCGCAGGAGCCGCGGACGCAGCAGUACCAGAAGCUGGUCCCCGGUAUCGCCAAGACGCGAAGGGACGCCGGCCACCACGUGCUCGCGGCCAACUUCACGACCUUCGUGCCCAGCUACGGCGAUGGUGUCCUCCGCGACUGCAUCCACCCCACGAAUGAAGGGUACAAGCUGUUCGGAGACUACUGUCCUCUAGACUCGAAGCCGGAAGGAAGCUACCGUGAACUCCGGGACUGGGCUGUCGGGGACGGCCCGGCCAGGUGCAACUCGAACCCGGCGUGGAAGGCCACGGGCAAGAUUGCCGCGAGCUUCGGACGGAAUGGCGACUGGAAGUUUCAUAAGGACUGGCAGGAAGCAGGAAAGGUUGUUUCUGGUUUUGGUUUGGACGGUGCCCGUGUCCGACUGCACGACAUGAACGGGGACGGUGAAGCAGACUACGUCUGGAUUGACCCAGUAACGGGGGAAAUUCGAUGCUGGCUCAACAACCUUCCGAAUCCAUGGACACCCGCGGGCAACAAUGACAGCAUCAUCGGUAGUGGUGCCGGUCGCGGACAGACAAUCUACCUCGCAGUAUGUCAUGACAUGAAUUACAAACACAACCAACUCCCUCCUCUGGUAACAGGCCUUGCACAGGACAAGAACGGCGACGCGAUGGACGACUACCUCGUCGUGAACCCGCGCAACGGCGCUGUCCGCAUCUUCUGGAAUCGCGGGCCCGACGAGAGCUGGGCCAACGGGUGGAAGUUCGUCGACGGCGGCGUCAUCGCCUCGGGCGUGCCGCAUGCCAACCUCGCGACCCUGCGCUUUCCGGACAUCAACGGCGACGGCCGCACCGACUACGUCUACGUCGGCAAGAGCGGCUCGGUCGUGCACUUCCUUAAUGUCGGCUCGGUCGGCGGCACGGACGUCGUGUUUCACGACCAAAAGGGCAUCGCGACCGGGGUUGGCCUGGACGACCUUCCAAAGCUAGUCUUUGCGGAUACCAACGGCGACGGACGCGACGAAUAUCUCGUCUGGGACGGUGACGGCGGUCUGUCUGGCUUGCUGAACCAGCGUACGAAUCGUGAAGGUGUGCCUCUAUUCAUUGACCAAGGCGGUGCCAAGUCCAUCUCGGAUGGCAUCGGCCAAGCGCACAGAAUCCGACUUGCCGACAUGGACGGAGACGGCAAGGAUGACUACGUGGUCAUCGGCGACAACGGCGCCUUGUCUGUCUGGUACACCCGGGGCACCACCGAUGACAGCAUGGCCAUUGACGGACUGCGAUUCGCCGACAUUACCGGAAGCCUAGGACAAGACUACGUUUGGGUUGACCCGAAGACUGGCGCUCCAACUGUCUACGACGGAUGUGACGAUUACCUGGUCCUUGAACCAGAGACCGGCGCACUUACAGCCUACUUGCUCGUACCGGGGGGCGGAGGCAAGAGUCAAAAUGGCAGCUACUCGUUCACUCCGAUCGGCCAAGUCACCAGCGGGCCUGGUCUGGGCAAGAAUGUCCGCAUUGCCGAUAUUGAUGGAGACGGUACGACCAUCUAUCGCAACAUGUACGGCACCAACACCACCAGCCCCGACAGCCGCUUCGCCGCGCUCCCACAAGCAGACGCCGCCGGCAUCGGUCAGCGUCCCAAAGAGACAAGCUUCCAUGACAUCAACGGGUACGUGUUUUCCUUUCCUUCCCAACGCUCUUCUCCAGCAACAACCCCCCACCCCGCGCUCACACACAUCCCCGGCAGCGACGGCAGGGCCGACUACGUCUGGACGCGGCCGCUCAAUGGGAGAGUGGAGGUCUGGCUCAACAUGUACCCACAGCAGCCGGCGUGGCGGCACGUCGGCGUCGUAAAUAACUGCGUGGGUACUUCGGGCGCCAACACACGCCUCGCGACGCUGCCGGGGACGAGGCGGCGUCCGGGCAGCGGGCGCGCGGACUUCGUCGCCGUGGGUCCGAAUACCGGCGCCCUCGCAGCUUGGCUGAACGGAUGUGAUGAUGGGACGUGA